AUGGCCGAGAGUCAGUACUCCAGAGAGCUUGGCGAAGGAAUAGUGAAUGCUCCUACGCCCGAUGACUCUGGAGUUCGCCCGCCUUCUCGGUCCGCCGCAGUGAAGCGGGUCAUCGAAGCGUGGGAGCCUGACGAGUUCGCCCAGCUUGUCGAUCAAAUGCGCCCGAUCGAGUUCGAACCACAGGUACUGCCCGAGGAGGAGACCCUGCGCGAGGCGAAUGACAAGGUGAAGGACGAGGUGGAGAACUUGAUUUCUUCCUGGACGGUUCAACCGAAUCAAGUGGUGAAGUCUGCCAUGAACGUCGUGGCGAUGUAUGUGAAGGAGGAUCACGUCUGGAGCGCUUCCAAUGACAUAUUGGCCACGCGCGUCAUCGACCUGCUGUGCGGGGAGAGCUUCCGCGCCCACAAGGACGGCGUCUACUUGUACGGCAAUGGAGACUGGGCGUUUGUCGAGGAGAUCAAGUACCCGUACAUCAGGAAGAUAUUGGCGGUCCUCGGCUGCGCGGCGAAAGUCUUUGCAUUUCUCGUCUCCAGGGAGACAAAGCGAGACGUGGCGGCUGUCUUUCAGGAAGUCGGGCAGCACCACGAAUCGAUCUUUAACAACACCGCUGCGUGCCACGCUGACUUCGGUCGGUCCCGCCAGGAAGACCCGACCGCUUGGUCCAAGGAGGGCGGGCGCGUCACGCUCGACCUCACGCAGCGCUACUCCGCCAAAGGCAAGAGCACUGAGUUCACAGAGUCACAUGGCCAAUUCUUCCAGAUCCCGAAGCCGACGUCCGAGGGCGCCUUCGUCAACCCGCAGAACGUCACUUUGAAAAUCUCCCGCGAGGGGUCCGCGGAAGAAUGGUCCCGUUCUGUCCCGAAGAGCCCCUCGAACAAUUGCUACCUGGGCGUGCCUGCGUCGCUGGACUACAAGCCAUCUUGGCAGCACGAGGAGGAGAUGCGCUUGUUCCUGUGCACUUCCUUCGCUGGGAACCCCGAGGGUCGCAGGAUGGACACGGCAGCAGAAGCAUUAGUGUGGUACGACGUACCCUCCCCGCAGAUUGGCCUGAUCAUGACAGGCGACGGCGGCAACGCCAAAUCUGCCAAGGCUGCCCUGCGGGCGAACGCGCUGGGGGGGCACCACCACUUCGCCUCGAGCGACGCGCUGCAAGUCCCCGAGGAAUUCCGAAAACAAGGGAAGCAUUUCACGCGUGCCCGAGCUGCGACGGCGCAGGAGAAUCAAGGCGGCGCGCCGUGGAUCGAGGACGUGGUGAAUCGCUGGCUCAGUGGUGAAUACGUUGCCUGCCGAGCCCACUUCGGAAAAAGUACUGACCUGUUCAGCUGGCUCCGCUGCGCGAAGUACUUCGGGUGGAACCGCGCCCACCCGUCCAUCCGAGGCGAUUGGCGCAACAUGCACUCGCUGCGGUCCUUCUGGCGCCGCCUCGCCGUCAUCGAGCUCGGCGCCGCGUUCGCGAGCGACCCCUCCAAGGUGAACGUCGACGGCACGGCGACUCAGCGCGGCGUGGCCCAAAUGGCGAACGGUGGGUUGGAGCUCCCGAAGGAAUGGAUGGACGCUCGCGGUCGCCAGCGCGUUGCGCAGGGGGCUAAGACGCUGCUGAUGGAGGUUCGCGCGUGGCUCGGUGACGAUUGCCUCGGCAUCAAAAUGUACGACCUCGCGAAGAAGAAAGACAACCCGAUCCCUGGCACCAUCACGGGGAAGAGGAGCGGCAAGUCGAGGCAGCAGCACUUCGAAGACGCAGUCAAAGAUUACCCCUACAUCUUCCGCAUCGACCGAAGCAACGUGCUUAGGCUGAACGUCAAGCUGAACUUUCUCGAGGCCCUCCUCGACGCAGCUGGCCGCGGCUCGCUCGCGGGGGGCCUGGAAGGGCGGGGCGUGCAUUGGAACCUGCGCUCGCAGCUCCGCGACUUCAGCCAGGGCGAGGAGCAUUGCGUAGAUGUGGAGGCGCUGGUCGCCUCUGAGGUUGCUCGCAGCCUGACGGAGACAAUUGACAUCGUGGAUUCGGAGAACGAAGUUGGCAACAAGCUGGGCAAUGAGCUCGAUUACGCCAGGCGCUACAUCGCGCGCCACCACGAGAACGGCAUUCGGAAGAGUGAUUUCUCAAGCCUCACCGUCACUUAUUACAGGAAGUACGACAUGGAGGGGAGGGAGUACGCGCGCAGCCCGAGCGCACAGGGCCUCAAGACGGCACUCAAGAAGCACGCGUUCCGCUCGCAGUGUGACGUCGACGCUUCGUACGGCGACGUCUUCGAGAACUACGACAUUGACUGUGUCAACGCGUUCAUGCAUUUGCUGGCAAGCUACUUGGACAUCACCCUCAAGGAGGCCAAGAAGCAGUUCAUCAGCAUCCUCCACUGUGGCGAGCCGAAGGCUGAGCUGCACUUACUGUGGUCGCUCGCAGUCGAGCUUAGCACAGCGGCUCGAGAGAUCCUGGAGAAGCCGCGGUUCAAUCACCUGAACUCGAAGUUCGCUGAUCGGCGCUUCCCCAUGGCGACUCGACUGCAUUAUGCCCUGAGCGCAAUCGAAGACGAGCUCAUCAUGAACGCCCACCAGGCGUUGACCCGCGAGUUCGGCGAGUGUGUCCAGGUUCUCGUGUACAUGUUCGACGGUUUGAUCGUUCGCUUCGACUCGCUGGACAACGAUGACAAGCUGCGCGACGUGCUGGCCAAAGUCGGCGAGAAGGCCCAGCGGCGCCAUGGCGCAGUAUGCCAACAUCCAGACGUCAAUUCCCGCGAGGACUUCUUGCGCCUGGUGAAGCACGCAAGGAUCGCGGACACUGGGUCGCACGCGAAUGCGCCCUCUUUGCUCGCCCUCAUUUUCGCGCAGGUGAUGGGCUUCAUCUCCGACAAGUGCACGUGCCCGUGCUGCGGUGGGAAUGAUUAUGACGUCGUGCACCGCAAGGUUGCGUCUGCGCUCCACGCGGCCAUGGCAUCGAACGGAUUCUGGCCGAAAACGAGCAAGAAGCCGAAGCGGAAGAGGGGCGCGAGCGGUCACUUCAGGAGGAGCGCUCAGGCGAAAUCCCGCGCCAGGGUCCGAGCUGUAGCCAAAGCGGCCGCCGUUCGGAGGAACGCUGGCGUGGGCCUCCGCAAGAAGAGCGAAAUCAAGAACUACAAGAUCGUCAUCCAAGUGGAUGAAGCGCACCUGAACAAGCGGAAACCUGGUCGACUUGUGCGAGCAGCGCGCCCCCAGAAAGAUCAGGUGUGGGUGCGGGGUGCAACUGUCCAGGGCCGCCCUGAUGUCUGGCUCUUCCGAGUCCUCGACCACCCCCUGGACGCUUUCAACGGCAAGCCGCGGGGGCACGACGAGAUGCUGACGAACAUGCACCUUCUCGGCCUCAAGAAGGGCAGUGUGCUGGUCAGCGACUCCUGGGGCGCCACGAUCUCGGCCGUGAAGGAGCUCAAGAAGCUCAAGCGCUGGACGGUGAAGGACUUGCGCCACGAGCUCGUCGUGCAUUCUGCGGGCGAGAUUGUGAACCCGAGCGGGUUCACAACCAACGGCAUCGAGGCCGUGUGGUCCGUGGUCAAACGCUGGGUUCGCCGCCGUUGCGAAAGUAGAAUGCCGAGCCACUCGGACCGAGAACAGUGGCGCGCGCUGCUGGCGGAGCUGAAGUGGCGCAAGAUGAACGCGCACAAGACGUUGGAUUGGGGAAACACGUAUUUCGUGCCGUUUGCCGCCCUUGCCGCCGCCUGCCCGCUGGAGUGA